AUGUUGGCGUAUUUUACGAGCCAUGGGUUCGGCACCUCGCGCGACAUCUCGUACGCGGACUUGGUUCGGAGCUACCAAGCGCUACGAGCGGCGACGCCCGCGUUCAACAAGGCGGCUGCGCGCCGCCACCACCGAGAGCACCACGCCCAUGCCAAGAGAAUGCGCGCCGCCGAGGCGCUGCUCAAUGGAACCAACGGAAAACCGUUCACGCGCAUCGAGUUUGACGCUUACUGCCGGCGACAGCACGAGGGCAAAGGCGAGGAGGACGACGCCAAGGAAGACGACGAUCCGCCGCCGUCCAAGCACCGCGCCGCCGAAAUCGACAAGCUCUACCGCGCCCACGCUGCCCGCCGAGAGGCACGUCGGCCGCACUCGAGCGACUCGGACAGCGAUGACGACGACGACGACAUGGCGCCUCGGCGCAAGCACCGUCCAGGCUUGGAGGUCGGUGACCGCGUCGUGGAUAAGACGCGGACGCUGGGACCGGCGACGGUCAUUCGUCUCUACGCUGCGUACGGCGUCUGCGACCUGCACUUGGACUCGGGUCUCAAGCGCCGCAACGUCGACGUCGCGUCCCUUCGGCGAUUCCGAGACCGGCCGCUCGCGUCGUUCGCGUCGCCCGAGCUCUUUGCCGCGGGCGACAGCGUCAACGUGCGCUACAAAGGCACGAAACUCUGGCGCGCCGGCGUCAUCAAGAAGGUCCGGUCCCGCGAGCGCGGAUACGACGUCCGCUACAAUGCGCGUGACGAGGUCGAGAAGCACGUGCCGCACCACCACGUCCGUCGCGCGCUCGCUGCGCCGCUCGAGAUCGACGAGGGCUUGGUCGAAGGCGCCAAGGUGGACGCCCGGACGCGCGAGUGCGCGACCUUCUUACCCGGCCGCAUCCUCUGCGUGCGCGCCAACGGCACGUUUGACGUGCGCUUCAAGCACCAGGACGGCGCGAUCAAGGAGCGUCUUCCUAAAAAGUGGCUCCGGCUGCGCGACGACGACGACGAGACGCACUGGAAGGUCGGGGACGCCGUCGAGCGGCACGCGCACGGCAACGUCCAGCGGGGCGUCGUCGCGCGCUGCCGAAGCGACGGGUCCUACGACGUCGAGUGGGACGACGGCGAGGACGAGACGCACGUCAAGCCAUCGACGCUCCAGCAGGCAGCCUCCGUGCGACCGCUAACCAAGGGCGAUCUGGUGGAAGCGCGCUUUGGUGGCAAGGACAAGUUCUUCAAAGGCAAGAUCACCCACGUCCACGGCGAUGGCUCGUACGACAUCGAGUACGACGACGGCGACGAGGAGCGGAGGGUGGACCCAGCGCUCGUGCGCCUGCUACCAACGACCAAAGAGACCAAGUUCAAGAAGGGCGAUGUCGUCGACGCUCGGUUUGGCGGCAAGGGCAAGUACUUUCGAGGCAAGAUCACGCUUGUCCAUGGCGACGGGUCGCUGGACGUCGAGUACGACGACGGCGACCGGGAGACGCGCGUGGAAGCGGCGCUUGUGCGACCGUCGGCCGACGCGUAUGCGGACGACGACUUUGAGGAGUGA